AUGGAUUCUUCUCCGCCGACGCGUGGCAAGGCCUUGGAGCCUGCGCUGCCUACAGCAGGUGUCAAGCGUCCAGCUCCCUCGCUACUCCCCCCAUUUGAGCCUCUCUCAUCGUCACCGGGCUUGCCACGGCCAUCUAAACGACAAGCAGGCACUAAUGCCUUCGUCAAGUACCCUACGCCGGCGCCGACGUCGAGCACUGGCAUCCUUUCAUCAAGCCCUCCACGCGUUGGGAUGCGGCCUUCUCUCCAACGGACUCAAUCUGUCGCGUCAGAACGCACUCCACUUUCCGACGUCCCAUCCGUGGAACUAAAUGAAAACGGCGACACACUGCUUAUGGGUCGGUCGAGCUCUUCAUCGCAUUAUCAGCUUUCAGCGAAUAGACUCAUCAGCCGUGUUCAUGUCAAGGCGCGGUAUAUCCCGGCCAGCACGCCCUUGGAGCCCAACAGAAUCGAAAUUGUCUGCACCGGCUGGAAUGGGCUGAAGCUUCACUGCCAGGGUCAGACCUGGGAACUGGCCAAGGGUGACUCGUUCACGUCUGAGACAGAGGGCGCUGAUAUCAUGCUCGAUGUUCAGGACGCGCGGGUGUUCGUUCGGUGGCCGCGUCGGGAUAAGGACCGUGACGUGCUGGACCACUUGAGCGAUUCGUCUUGGGAUGACUCACCACGACCUCGGCCCAGGCGAGCUGUCCUUGACUCCGAGCUUCACGGAAGUCCCUUGAGGCGCUCGACGCGUAUCGGUACUCCGGAAUCUCCGACACCGGCUAAUGUGACGAGUUCCAGCACAAGCCUCGAUGAUUUCCUGCCAGGUAGCCAUGAUCAUGGAAAGGGCCCUGUACAAAUUUAUGAAGAUCCCAGUUGCGACGAGAAUGAGGCUCCUAGCAAGACCAAGGUUGAUACCAGCUUUGCCACUCAACUGAACAACAGCUUUUCCAGUGAUCUGAGUGAUCCACAGUCAGACGAUGAAAAUGAACCCAACGAAGAGAACGAUCCCAUAAUCCACUCUUUCGGCCCAUUUAGUGGGCAGAUUUCGGAUCGAUUCUCGUCCUUCACCGCAUAUUCCUCAAAAAAGCAGUCUUCCCUCCUGAAGCCAGUUUCCGAGAAGAGCGUCGAUAAAAAUGCCGACAAGCGCUCUAGCCCGUCUGUGACCAGCGAACACCUGACGGCCUCCAGCACUGGCACAGCAAAAAACCCCGCGGCAAGCUCGGCUACUGAUGAGUCUAAGGCCCCUCGCCCGAUUCCUGACCUUCCCCCUAACAUGAGCGAAGAACGCAUUGAAGAAAUCAAGAAUCAUGUUGUCAACCAGCUGGCUUUCUCUCGGCUGUCAUCUACACCGCUGUCCACGAUCUUGAACAACCUUCCUUCCGAAGAUCGUAAGGGCCUUUCCAAGGAGCAGCUUCGCCAAAUUAUUGAGUCGAUCGCUUGUGUUGGUGUCAUUCGGCGACAGGGCAAGGACGCGGCAGGGAAACCGCUUGAGAGCGAGUACUAUUACACUCCCGAGCUGGAUACGAAUGAUGAGCGCCGCAUCACUGUCACUGAUGCUCUCAAGAAGCCUACCUUAAGAAGCUGCAGAAAACAGCACAAGCAAUACUACUGGAAGCGUCCUCGUACCCCUUAA